AUGACAGCUAAAGCACUAUUUCCAACACUUUAUGAUGAGAAGACAAAAGUGUGGAGCGGAUUGCCCUUGCGUAAGCUGUACGAUGCCAACUGCUCGGUGGGCGAAAGGAUAUACAAUUCCGUCAAGAGCUAUCCCACAAAUGUCGUCCAAAUCUCGAAUAUGGACGAACGUGUGGUGACCUUUGGAGAGGUGCACGUCUGGGCCGCACGCCUGGCUUUGUACCUGAAGAGUGAGGGACUUACCCAUAAGGAUGUCGUCGGCAUUAUUGGCAAUGCCAGCACCUUCACCAGCUCCCUUGUUGUGGGCUGCCUGUUCAACGCGACUCCCUUCCAUGCCGUGGCCUACACCUACAUGAAGGAGCCCCAAGUCAUUCAAGAUCUAUAUGAGACAACAAAGCCAAAGAUUAUGUUCUGCGAUGGUAAAGACUAUGAGAUCAUGAAGGAAGUAACGAAGGCCUGGAAUCCCAAGUACGUUACGCUAACUGGACGCGUCGAAGGCGUACCAUAUAUUGAAGAUCUGCUGAAGCCACAUCCCAUGGAGCGCUUCUACCAACCAUUGCCUUUGGCCACUGACGGUAAUCAAAUAGCGGCCAUUCUCUGCUCAUCGGGCACAUCGGGCAAGCCGAAAUCUGUGGCCAUCUCGCAUAGACAGCUCAACAAAGUAGAGGCAAUCGGAAACUGCACAGAUGUGAUCCUAACUAGUGCUACUCUAGACUGGAUGACGGGUCUCAUGCUAAUGAUGCUGUGCUUCUUUUAUGGCAGUAGUCAAGUCAUAUUCAAUGAACCAUUCAAUGGCGACAGCUUCAUCCGCAUGAUCGAAAAGUACAAGGUCACCCUGAUUGUGAUGGCACCCUGGCAGGGCUUUGAGGUCUACACAAGUCCAUUGGCUACUGAGCAGAGCUUGUCUAGUGUACGCAUGAGUAUCGUUGUUGGUGGCUGGCUGUCGAUGAAAAUACUGCAGAGGGGGCAAGAGCUCAUGAAGAAUGCCCAUAUCGUGUUCGCGUAUGGAGCGACUGAGACGGGCACAAUAGCCCUUAACAUUGACCAGAGCCUGGCAAGUUCUGUUGGCAAACUGCCACCAGGAGUUCGGAUUAAGAUCAUUGACGAUGAGGGUAAUUCGCUGGGGCCUAACCAGGUCGGCCAAAUUCUUAUUGACAUUGGCGUCACAUGGCAGGGCUAUGUGGCCAAUCCUGAGGAUACGGCCUCCACCUUUCGGGAUGGCUGGAUUGAUCUGGGUGAUCUCGGCUACUUUGACGAUGACAACAAUCUGUUUUUGGUAGAUCGCAAGAAGGAUGUGCUCAAAUACAAAUCAAAGGACUUCUGGCCCAACGAAAUUGAGCAAAUUAUUACGGAGCUGCCAGAUGUGGAAAAUGUUUGCGUUGUCGGCGUGAGGAACACGAACUAUACCGAUGCAGCUGGUGCACUGGUAAUCAAAAAACCCGGAGCCGAAAUCUCCAAGGAGAAGAUCAUCGAGCAYGUGGCAAAGCGCGUUGUUGUCGAAUACAAGCAGCUGAACGCUGGCGUCCAGUUUGUCGACAGUUUGCCCAUGAACAACAAUGGUAAGGUGGUCAGAAACUUGGCCAGGAAACAGUUUGAGUCGCUCAUGGAUGUUCAGGAAUCAUAG